AUGUCUGCUCCCACCGUCACAAUGUCUGCUCCCACCGUCACAAUGUCUGCUCCCACCGUCACAAUGACCGUCACAAUGUCUGCUCCCACCGUCACGAUCAAUGUCUGCUCCCACCGUCACGAUCAAUGUCUGCUCCCACCGUCACGAUCAACGUCUGCACCCACCGUCACAAUCAAUGUCUGCUCCCACCGUCACGAUCAAUGUCUGCUCCCACCAUCACAAUCAAUGUCUGCUCCCACCGUCACAAUCAAUGUCUGUUCCCACCGUCACAAUCAAUGUCUGCUCCCACCGUCACAAUCAAUGUCUGCUCCCACCGUCACAAUCAAUGUCUGCUCCCACCGUCACGAUCAAUGUCUGCUCCCACCGUCACAAUCAAUGUCUGCUCCCACCGUCACAAUCAAUGUCUGCUCCCACCGUCACCAUCAACGUCUGCUCCCACCGUCACAAUCAACGUCUGCUCCCACCGUCACAAUCAAUGUCUGCUCCCACCGUCACGAUCAAUGUCUGCUCCCACCGUCACAAUCAACGUCUGCUCCCACCGUCACAAUCAACGUCUGCUCCCACCGUCACAAUCAAUGUCUGCUCCUACCGUCACAAUCAACGUCUGCUCCCACCGUCACGAUCAACGACUGCUCCCAUCGUCACAAUCAAUGUCUGCUCCCACCGUCACAAUCAAUGUCUCCUCCCACCGUCACAAUCAAUGUCUGCUCCCACCGUCACAAUCAAUGUCUGCUCCCACCGUCACAAUCAAUGUCUGCUCCCACCGUCACAAUCAAUGUCUGCUUCCACCGUCACGAUCAAUGUCUGCUCCCACCAUCACAAUCAAUGUCUGCUCCCACCGUCACGAUCAAUGUCUGCUCCCACUGUCACAAUCAAGUUAAGACUGUCAGUUAA